UCCGGUCUGGCUCUGUGUUGAAGCCGCUUCAUAUUUUCGCUGCGGCGGAGGAAUAAGAUGCGGAGCAGGAGCGGAACCGGACCCCGUGAUCCGGAUCAACCUAGAACCAGAACCAGAAGCAGGAUAACGGAUCCAUCCUACUCCGGUCCGGCCUGACUCGGCCCGCAGACAGCAUGACAGCAGCAGCGGCAGCGGAGGAGAGCGUGACAGAGAAAGGCUCCGCUAGCCGCUGAGACCGGCAGCUAGCCGGGCAGCUAACAGCGCGAUGACCGCGGAGGGAAGCGGCACGAUCCGCAGCCGCAUCAAGAACCUGCUGCGCUCCCCGUCCAUCAAACUGAGGAGGAGGAGCGGCGCCGCGCGGCACAAAGAGGACCUCAGCGAGAAGGUGACCUUGGAGAAGGUUCUGGGCAUCACAGCUCCAGGGAACCGAGCGCUGGCCUGCGACCCCCGAACUGGACAGUUGGCUUAUCCUGCCGGGUGUGUCGUAGUUCUGUUGAAUCCUCGGAAGAACAAACAGCAUUACAUCUUCAACAGCUCCAGGAAGGCGAUCACCACGUUAGCGUUUUCUCCAGAUGGAAAGUAUGUUGUCACGGGAGAGAGCGGUCACAUGCCGGCGGUUCGAGUCUGGGAGGUGUCGGAGCGUCUGCAGGUCGCCGAGCUGCAGGAACAUAAAUACGGAGUUUCCUGCGUGGCGUUUUCUCCCAACGGAAAAUACAUCGUCAGCGUCGGCUACCAACACGACAUGAUGGUCAACGUCUGGAACUGGAAGAAAAAUGUCGUUGUUGCAGCCAACAAGGUGUCCAGUAAGGUGACGGCCGUCUCCUUCUCGGACGACAGCUCCUACUUUGUUACCGCCGGAAACCGCCACGUCAAGUUCUGGUACCUGGACCACGCCAAGACCUCCAAGGUGAACGCCACCGUCCCUCUGCUGGGGCGUUCAGGGCUGCUGGGAGAGCUCAGGAAUAAUUUCUUCAGUGAUGUGGCGUGUGGGCGGGGUCGACAGGCCUCCUCCACCUUCUGCAUCACUUCCUCCGGUCUGCUGUGUGAGUUCAACGACCGGCGACUCCUCGACAAGUGGGUCGAGCUGCGGACAGUCGACUCUGCCCCCGCGUCUCAGGCUACCUGUCUGUCCGUCACAGACGAGUUGAUCUUCUGUGGUUGUUCUGACGGGACGGUUCGAGCUUUCAGUCCCGUCAACCUGCACUUCCUGUGCACUCUGCCCCGCCCACACUGUCUGGGAGCUGACAUCGGCAGUAUGGUGGACGCCAGUCAGUUGUUCACCUGCAGGCCGGAGGCCCGGUACCCGGACACGGUGGCGGUGACCUACGACCCCGCCACCCGCUGGCUGUCGUGCGUCUACAACGACCACAGUGUUUACGUGUGGGACGUCCGAGACCUGCGAGACCCCCGCAGGGCGGGAAAACUCUACUCUGCUCUCUACCACUCCUCCUGUGUGUGGAGCCUGGAGGUGUACCCAGAGGGGGGAGGGGGAGGGGCAGGAGGAGGUGAGGUGCAUCUCCCCCCCGGGUCGUUCUUGUCCUGCUCCUCAGACAACACCAUCCGUCUGUGGAACACCGACGGCCACAAACUCCUCACCAGGAACAUCCUGAGCCCCGACCUACAGAAGAUAAUUUACGUGGACGACAACGUCACCAGCCUCCUGGACCCAGAGAGUGACACCGUCAACGGUGGCAGCUCGGAGAAGGCGGGGUCAUCGGGCUCCGAGGGGCAGCAGACCGACCAGAGCCGGGCGGGCAUCAGGACCCUGAGAGUCAGUCCGGAUGGACAGCACCUGGCCUCUGGAGACCGCAUGGGAGUCCUCAGGAUCCAUGAUCUGGACGGUAUGGAGGAGAUCUUGAACGUUCAGGCUCACGACUCAGAGAUUCUCUGCCUCGAGUUCUCCAAACCAGAUACGGGUCUCCAGUUGUUAGCCACGGCCAGUCGUGAUCGUUUGAUCCACAUCCUGGACGCGAGCAAAGAGUACAGUCUGGUUCAGACUCUGGACGAACACUCGUCCUCCAUCACUGCCGUCCGAUUCGCCGCCAAUGAGGGUAAAGUGAGGAUGAUCAGCUGCGGAGCCGAUAAGAGCGUCUACUUCCGCACCGCUCAGCAGGUGGACGAAGGUUUGGUGUUCACUCGGACUCAUCAUGUGGUGAGGAAGACGACUCUGUACGACAUGGACGUCGAACCGACCAGGAAGUACGCAGCGGUGGGCUGUCAGGACCGCAGUAUCAGGAUCUUCAACAUCAGUAACGGGAAACAGAAGAAGAUGUAUAAAGGCUCUCAGGGCGAGGAUGGGACUCUCAUUAAAGUGCAGAUUGACCCCUCAGGUCUCUACAUCGCCACUUCCUGUUCAGAUAAGAACAUCAGUAUAUUUGACUUCUACUCUGGAGAGUGUGUGGCCACCAUGUUCGGACACUCUGAGAUUGUAACCGGUCUGAAGUUCACCAGUGACUGCAGACACCUGAUCACAGUGUCUGGAGACAGCUGUAUCUUCGUGUGGCGUCUCAGUCCAGAGUUGACCAUCAGGAUGAGGCAGCGACUUGCCGACCUCCGACCUCCCAGCAGCACUCAGACGUCCCAGAAUGCACCUCAGCAAAAAGUGGUGAACCUCAGCAGUCGGGAGGCGUCGUCUCCUCGCGUCGUCACCAUGUCUUCUGACAGCGACAAGGAGGAGGAAGAGGAGGAGGAUGAGGAGCGCAGCUGCCCUUAUGUGGUCACAGCAGGAUGCCUACAGGAAGAGGAGGAGACAGAAAUGUCUGAUGAGAAGUUCGACUCUCAGCGCAGCAGAGACGGCAAGGAGGCGUCGGGUCGACUACCUCGCCGUCAGUGGUCCAGGAGGACGGGCGGCGACGGUGUCCUGAUGGUGAAGUCUAUGUUGGACCUGAGACUGCUGGACUCGUACUGCCCUGACAGACAGGCGGAGCAGCAGGCGGAGCAAGAGGAGGUGAAGACACGUCCUCGGGAUGUAAGCCCCUCCUCAUGCAACCAGAGGAGGGACCCAGGUGUGGAGGCGGGGCUUCACAGGACCAAUCAGGAGCUGGGGAGCACCAUCAGUCUGCAGGUCACCACUGCAUGGGCUGAAGACGAUGACGCAAGGACCAAUCAGAGGCCAGACUUUAUCCAGCUCUCCAAUCAGAGCCCGGACGGGGAGGCUCUAGUGCUGUAUCCUGACCAAUGGGAAGGACAGAGUGAGCCUGGCAGGAAGGUAGGUCUGAUUCUUGAGUUCCAGGUGAAGGAGGCACGUCCUGCUGCUGCAGGUGAACGUCAGGACAAACCAAGUCCAGACAGCGGCUGCUCACUGGGAUUCAGCUCCAGACUAUCCAGUCCAGUCAGACCUGCAGGGGAUGAUUCAGAGCCCACAGAGCCUAUCAGUGUGGAUGGAAACUCCUCUGAGCUGGAGAUGGAGGAGGAUGAAGAGGAGAGAGGAAGAGGAGAACGAGGAGGAGAGGUCAAGGCCUCUCAGGUCGUCCUACAGACUCCAGACCAGGAAGCUUUCCUGAAAGAAAACUUUGUCACACUGGCCGACCUCUCAGGCUCAGGGAGUCCGAGCAAAGCGUCUCACAGCUCCAGUGAAAGUCUCAGCAUCUCCUCCAGGUUCCUCUCCCAGAAUUCAUCUGGAAGUCGGACUGUGUUUCCUCUUCCAUCUCGGACCACCGGGGGAGGAGGAGGGGAGGUGAAGACCCGUCCUCUGGUUUCAGAGGUCAAACCUCUGAUGGAGGAGAACCAGAACCAGACCAAGGAGAGGAGGGUGUCAUCGAACCAGGACCAAACCCAGAAACAGAACCAGGACCAGGACCAAACCUUCUCACUACAGGACCAGGAACAGUCCCAAAACAGGGCCAAUCAGGACCAAACACAGCCUCCUCAGGUCGGGAACCAGAUCCAGCAGACUACAGAUCAGCAGAACGAGGAGGAGACCUCCUCAGUCCAGCAGUUCCACCGGCCCUCCCCACUGAAGAAGAAGGUCCAAACCUUGGUGGAGUCCAGGAGGAACUUGGGCCCGACGGCCCGAGCCGCCGUCUCACAUCUGAACUCCUCAUCCGGUCUUCGGAAGGCUCAAUCAGUCCAGAGCCUGCUGUUAGACACAGGUGACUCCACUCUCUCGACCUCUUGUCCAUCUAGUGAGUUCCCCCUUCAGAGGUUACUCCCCCUGCAGCGUCCCACCACCCUCCCUUCCUCCCCUAGACGCCCCUCAUCCAUACCCUCGCCCGUUCAGAGGUCUAGCCCCGUCUCCCCCAGGUCCCCCCAGCAGGAAACAGCUGCCACCUCGACUGCAGCUCCGUCUGCUUUCACCACCCCAAGGAAGACUUCAUCCGCCUCCACCCCCACGCCAGUGACGUCUCGCUCCUACAUGAGCCCCACCACCAGCUCCAUGGCCAAGAUGUCACGCUCCAUCUCUGUUGGCGACGGCCUCAACAUCCCCGAUUCCGGCGAGGACCCCCCUUUGACACCAUCCGCAGUGGUAACCCCGUCUUCUCAGGUCAAAGACACUCAACCUCUUCUUGUUGCCGUGGUCCCUUCCAACGCAGCUCUGGCCACGCCCCUCCACGCCGCCGUUGUCCCCGUCGUCGUUGCCUCCUCUUCGUCUCUGGGUAACCAUCGUAACGAGGUGGCCCCUCCCCCCCGCAGUCUCCAGGCUCGGGUCCCCGGAGGCAGCAGGCCGCUCCCCGACAAGCCCUCCCUCGCCUCCUUGUCUUCCACAUUGCGGCCUCCUCCUGUAUCUGUCUCCCCACUGACUCCCCCCCAGCAAGAGGAGGAGCCUCAGACUCCUGCAGGCAGCAGCAGUAGCGUGGAGCAGAGAGACGACGCAGACCAGCCAAUCAGUGUGGAGAACUGCAGAGCUAUGACCAAUGAGCUGCAGAGCUGCUUCAAAAGAGCCACACACCUGUACAGGAAGGUGAGCGGCUCGUCCCACGACGGCUCCACGCCCGACCAGCAUCAGAUGGCCGUCGUCCUAUCAGAAGCCUUCCAGGCCAUGAGGGCGGAGCUCGACUGUCUGCCGCUCGGUGAACCAAACACGCUGGGAGUGGAGGGAGGGUUAGGAGGAGUCGGGGAGGUGAAGACGGCUGCUCUGCUAGAGGAGUACUCUCUGCUGCUGCUGCAGGCUGUUCACAGGAGGAUCAACAACACUGGAGACUGAACACUCAAACUCUUCUUCUCCUUUCUUUGCAUCUUCUUCCUCCUCACAAUCUUUUCUUUCUUUCUCAUCCCUAUCUCCCUCCUGCUCUUCUUAGUCUUCCUCUUCCUACAUCUUAUUUCAUUUCCUUCCUUCUAUUCUAGUCUUCCUGCUCUUCGGUGUGGUCCUCUGUGUCCAAAUCUUUCAUCUUCUUAUCAGCUUUUUCCCCGUUCUUCCUCCUCCUCGUCUUCACAGAUGAAGGAACUGAAGCCAUUUGGAUUUCGUCUGGACAUGUAUUCGUCUGGACAUGUAUUCCUUUUUUUAUUGUUAAGCAAGAAUCUCUCUGGUCUUAAAGGAACGGCACGUCGAAUCAUUUUAAAGUUUUUUAGAAACUGAAACGAUGGAAGUUUUUAUCAAGUUGUUUUUUAAAGACGUUUCUGCGACUGAAUCGUGGAUGUUUUUCCUUUUUCAUUCUCAUCCUUUGGAUUUUUGAUUAUUGUUGUAGAAACGUUGAGGUUAGACUGUAGAGACUUUUAAAGGAGCAAACAGCAAUAUGAGACGUUUUGUCACCAUUUGAUGUAAAUUUUCUUUCCUGAGUUCACUUGAAUCUUAAACCUGUUGGAAACGUCACGGUGAGUUCAAGUAAGAUUUUUAGUUUGUAUUUAUUCUGUUGAUGUUACAAUUUCAGUGUACUGAGCACUGACCGAUAUUCUUCACCAGACUUCACACGGACCACCAUGUUUUUAAAAAUCAUGGAUUCAAAGUUAACUGUUUUUUAUAAUUGUUACUAGAGGAACACUUUUAGGGCUUGUUGGGUUUAAAUUUGGGGUCAGAUUGUUGUAACACUGACUUUCUCACUAACUAACAGGUUCAGUUUGAAAUGUUUUCAUGUUUUUUGUCAAGAUUUAAUAAACAUUUGAGACUUA